AUGUGCCCCGGCGAGGAUAAGAGUCGCUUGCAUGAUCUUCUGGAUCGCUUCCGGCCGGAUCUCACCCCCUUGGAGGGGAUCUAUCGAACCCUGCAUCAGCAACCGGAGCUCUCUGGCCAGGAGGAGCAGACAGCCCAAAUAGCAGCAGAGCACCUUCGAUCCGUGGGAUACGACGUCCACGCCAACAUCGGCGGCCACGGAGUCGCUGGAGUCCUGCGCAACGGGGGCGGGCCCACCGUCCUGCUACGCGCGGACAUGGAUGCCCUCCCCCUCGAGGAGAAGACCGGCUUACCCUACGCUAGCACCCGACACGUCCAGGAUCGCGAUGGCGUGCGCAAGCCCGUCAUGCAUGCCUGCGGCCAUGACUCGCAUGUAACGAGCCUCAUGGCGGCGUCGACGCUCCUGCAUGCCGCGCGCGACCACUGGCGCGGCACCCUGGUCUGCGUGUUUCAGCCUUCGGAAGAGCACCUGGACGGCGCGCAGGCCAUGCUGGACGAUGGGCUGUACGAGAAAGUCCCCAAGCCGGACCUGGUGCUUGCGCAGCAUGUAAUGCGCAUGCGUGCUGGGACGGUCAACCUGCGAGCAGGCCCGCUGCUCACGGCGGCGGAUGCGUUUGAUGUGAGGAUCUUUGGGCGUGGGGGACACGGGUCUGCGCCGCAGACUACGAUUGACCCGAUUCUGAUCGGCGCUGCGGUGGUGAUGCGACUACAGUCGAUUGUUGCCCGGGAGGUGGCGCCUGGCGAGGUGGCGGUGGUGUCGUGCGGCAGUAUCAAGGCUGGGAAUUCGCCGAAUGUCAUCCCCGACUACUUGGACUUGCAGUUGAGCGUGCGCACGUUUACCCCCGAUGUCCGGGAGCACGUCUGCGCGGCAAUCCACCGGGUCAUCGAGGCGGAGUGCCAGGCGGCGGGUGCAGUCGAGAAGCCCACGAUCACCCGGACAUACUCUUGCCCGCCCACGGUUAACGAUGAGCAGACCGUGGAGGUGCUUCGGGAUGCCUUCCAGCCAUAUUUCCAAGAGAGCUUGGUCGACAUGGAACGGCCGAGUGCCAGCGAGGACUUUUCGCUUUUGGCCACCGCGGCCGGGGCACCAUAUGCGAUGUGGAUGUUUGGGGGCAUUGAUGAGAACACCUGGGACGAGGCGGUUGCGAAUGGUACCGUCAACGACCUGCCGAGUAACCACUCGCCCCUUUUUGCGCCAGUCAUUGAACCGACUCUGCGCACAGGCGUGGAUGCGAUGGCUCUCGGAGCACUGGCAUUUUUGGGACGGAAACGAGGAGUCAAAUGCAAAUCGUAUCCAUAG